AUGGACGAUAUAUCAGACGGGCACUCGUCCUCCGCCGCAGCCAUGUCUGCUGCCGCAGCACAGGCUGCCCAUUUCCUUGUCCAGAACCUCUCCUCCGUUGACACAAUAUCUCGCUCCACGUCACCCGGCGUGCCUCUUCUGACCCCGGACGAGGAUGACAAGAAGCGUUACCGCCCACGAACGUUCGCCUAUUUCUCUCAGCUUCCCUUCGCUGUCGAAGAGGACCAUGAGCGCGAUGAGGCCCUGCAAGGCAUUCUCAAGAACCUCUACAUUGCCGUCAAGGCCGAGGACUUUGCGCCCGGUGCGAUGCACUGGACCCGGGAGCUACAAGGAUGGUUGAACCUCAAGUUCGAGAUGGUCCGCGAGCUGCGCGCCACCCUCGCGCAGCUCUACUACCAUCUUGCUCUGGCGCCCGGUCUCGACAGCAACACCGCGGAUCGUUUCACAAAGAUGGUCAUCACUCUGACCAAGAAGAAAACCUACCUGAAACCUGGCGAUGACCUAUACCUCGACUGGCGGCCACUGUGGAAGGAAUUGAAGGGCCUGGUCUUGCCCUCAGAGAGUGCCGCGCACCAGUCGAGUAGGAGGAAGAGCGGAAGACACUUGUUGAGGCUAGCCAUGCACGCGCAGACCUACUUCGACCCAAGCGAUCGCCAAGAGAUGCUGGGAGAAUUCCUGCCUCUGUUCAGCACCUCCGACCUGUCCUGCGCGUACAUUGCAACAGCGGCCAUCAAUGUGCUGGUUCCCACUGCUCCGUCCUUGCCCUCGCAGCCCCUUUCGCAGCCUUCCGACUACCUGCCCACAUACUUCCACUUGUGGUCGCUCAUGACGAGGUCCAAGUCUUUUGACAUAUUCUUCCUAGACAUCUACUCGCGGAUAGCCAGAGACUACCUCAGCUGCACCCACGUACCUUAUACGCAGCACGGGAUAUUUACUAAAGACCAGUCUGACCUCGUCUUCACUGCCAUACUGCGUCUCACGGAGGUCCCCGUCGGUCAGGCUAAUUCCCCAUACACCGCACUUGACUAUUCCAUGGGCGCGGCCGUGUUUCUCGAGAGGGACAAGAAACGACACCCCGUGCCGCACAUUGUCGCUAGGUGGAUCGUACACUCGCUGUCUCCCAAGUGCCUGAAGGCCGAGAGCUCCGUCAUGGCCAGCCUUGAAGGCCUGAUAGAGUCUAUUGACACCUUUUUCCACCCGUCAAAUCAAGGCUCAUGGACCAAUUUCUUGGCACAGUUUGUCUUCUUCCUCACGCACGGCUUCGUAUCCAGAUGGAACCGUGAGCAGGUGGGCGAGCUUGACACACCGGCUGAUCGGAGGAUCAACCCGGAGCUCAAGAAACGUUUCGUCCUCGCGCUCAGAGAGGUCACCUUCAUGGGUCUCUUCGCGAAGAGUAUGAAAGCCGUCAGUUACUACACGAGCACCCUGCAAUGGCUGGCCUACCUGGAACCAGACAUCAUACUGCCUGGUGCAUUGCAAAGAUUCUACCCAAGUCUGCAGGGGCUGGUUGAAGUGCACCGCACAACUUCGAGUUUGAGCGGUCUGAUGAUGGUUGCAAAUGUCAUGUCAAAACACAAGGGCUUCAGGUGCCAUCUCACAGCUUUGUUGGCCUUGGCAUUGCCUGGCAUCGACGCCAACGACUUGGGCAAGACACAAUAUACGCUCAGCUUUAUACAGAGUAUCGCAUACAGCAUUCCAUUCGUGCCACUUGUCAAGGAAGGUUCUGAGGUACGGGACACGGCCCUGGCUGUGCAAUGGGUCCAGGGGGAGAUGGAUCGCAUGGAGCGCGAAGGUCAGGAUGUCCAGAUCAACUAUCAGGAAGAGUUGUCAGACGAGGACGAGGCCAACAUUGUCCGCUCUUCAACGGCAGCCUUUGGGGAGUUCGUUCUCACUUUACUUGGCAAAGUUUUCACUCUCCUGGAGAACCUUCCCGACGCUUCACAGGUUCGCGCCAACUCGCCCGAAGACAAUGUCAUCAACACACUACCUGCAGCCCUGACCCCGCUCUUUGCGUCGUUGUCCCCAGAGCUUUUUGACCAGGCUCUGGAAAAGGUAGCAGCUUUCGUGUCGUCUCACGUUGUUCAUCAGGCCAGAGAUGCUAUGGCCUGGAUCUGCAAUGCCCUCUGCAAGGUCCACCCAGAGAAGACUCUCAAGGCGUUCAUUCCCAUGCUCAUCGUCAACAUCCGUAAUGAGAUCGAUUACAAUGGUGCUGCGUCGGACCGCAGCAGUGGCACUGAUGUGUUGCCCCGGGACCGCGCUCUCGUAUGGCACGUGAGCAUGCUCAGCAUGACUGUCGUUAACGUCGGCGCCGAGGUUCUCAAAUACAAAACAGAACUGUUUGACAUCGCCCAGUACAUGCAAGACAAGUGUCGCGGCAUACCGACCAUACACAUCUCAAAUUAUAUUCACCACUUGCUGUUGAACCUGACUCAUACCUAUUCCGUCGAUACAAAUCUUUACGAACCAGAGGUCAUCGAGAGGGGCUUGGACGUCGACGACUGGGGCAAGACCACGACCCCCGCAGAAUUGACUAUCAAGUGGCAUCGACCUUCCACCGAGGAAAUUCAGUUCGCCGUCGAGCUUUUUGAAUCCCAAGCGCACGGUGCGUCUGAGAGGUUGGAAUCGCUGAUGAGUGACCAAACCCCUGUCAGCCGCAAGGGCAAGAACAAAGAAUGGGGAGACGAGGUAUCGAGGCAGCUCACGCAGCUGAGGCUCGUUAUCUCUGGUGUCUCCGCUCUGUUUGACCCUAAGCGGGCUGCUGGCGAAGCCAACGGCCAAAGGACAGAGGAUGGCAGGAUAGAAGCUGAUGAUGAUACCAUUAUGGAUGAGGACGAAGAUCCCCUAGCUGAAGUUGCGGAUGACGAAGAAUUGAAGCGUCAGUAUCGGUAUCCCUCCGGGUACAUCCUCGACGCGAAGAGUUCGCUGUAUAGCCGUAUUCACGAGCUUCGGGAGGACAUCGGACGGCUCCUCUCCAGAACCCACGGCUUCCUGAAUACCAACGCGGAGGAUGAUGUCACCUGCUUCACCGCUUUGUACGCCACGUUCCGCACGUGGAUUACAGAUGUUGGCAUCGAGAGAUCUGCUCAUCCGCUGGAGCGUCUGUCGAGGUUAUACAAGGCCGAUAUCACUCCGUUCAAGAUUCCUGGCUUGCGCAAGAGCGAUCUCGACAAGCGGCUUCUUCUUGAUCUUGCCGAGUCAUGCACAUCCUCGUACGCAGACGUGCGAAGAGUCGCACAAGGCGCGCAAGACUCGUCGCUGAAGGUGCUCAUCGGCGGUCGUCCCCUGGUGAUUCCGGUUAUCCUCGAAAAAUACCGCAAGGCUCUCCAAGACAACGACCACGACCACAUCAAGGGUGCAAUGUACACUUUGCUAUUCACUUCCCUGACGAAGACCUUGUUGAAAGACUGGCGUUUCGCCCCUGACUUGAUGCGGCUGUAUAUCCAGACGGCCAGCGUUGACAAGGCCUCGAUACAGCGGCUGCUGUCCACCGCGCUCUACCCUCUGCUUGACUUUGGCAAGCCUUUUGAGCGGAUGGUAGUUGUAGACGCCAAAGCUGUCGACACUAUUAAGCCUGCCGAGGAUUGCUCCAAGGUCAUUCAAACAAGGCACGAUUUCAUUCUUGAGCGCAGGAAGCGGGUCGAGGCUAAGAAGGGCAAGCUGGGCCUCGAGCUGAUCGAGAAAGCCAAAGGAGCACAUUGGAAAGUCAGUCUGAAGUGCGCCAUCUUCGCUACUAACAUGGUUCUCCGUUUCGACACCCUCGCGCCCCCUCAGUUUGUCGACCUGGUGGUCAACGGUACAAACGAUGACCACCCAGGCCUGCGAGCCAAUUUCCAGUUGGCCUUCUCGAAUAUCUUCUCGAGCAUUGAUUUGAGAGCUGUUUACAGCCACGAUUACCGGAACUAUCUGCUGGAAGAAGACUCAGACAACGUCAAAUUGGAGAUCGAUGUUCCGUCCAGUGACCCGGAUUGGACUAAAAAGUUCAUCGGCUCCUUUGCCAAGCUCGACGAGGCCCAGUAUUUUGUCGAUGCUGACCACCCUGGAUGGCUGGUAUGGGGCAAGAAAUUCAACGCUUCCAAGGCUGAUCCUGAGCCGUUCAUGGCAGAGCAGGUCGGAAAGCUCCUAACGAAAGAGUGGUUCGCGAAGUGCUUCGAGUUUAUGAAGCAAGAGCCGCGUGAUGCGAGUGCAGACAAGUUCCGCAUGCAGAACGUGAUCCUUCUCAUGCAUGUUUUCGACCUGAUGAACUACGGCGUCACAUCUGUCAAAUUUGAUGACAUCAAGGAGUUGGUCCAGGAUAUUUACGGAGAUGGGAGCGACAAGCACCAACACCGGGCCACGGCAGAGAUCCUAGGCGCUAUGUUGUCAGGCGGCAUCGACGACCCCCGAGAAUACAGAGACAAGGUUUGGAGCUUCGCGGGGCCGAUGAUGCUCAAGAUCUUCGACGAUUCUUUGACUCCAGAGAAUCUUCAGUACUGGAUGACAUGUCUGCACCUGACGGUAGACGCGAAGGAUCCUCGCCGCUCUCGAGAGAUUGUCGAGUCCUUGAGCUCCUUCAGACUGGACAUGUCCUCCAAUGCUGCCUUCAAGGAAGCAGCCAAGGUGCAACUACUCGAGCUCGUCAUCAACGAUGCGGGCUGGCAUUUCCAGCUGGAGAAGCCGAUUUUGGAAGACUUCCUGGCUCACAUUGACCAUCCGUACAAAUCUGUGCGAGAGGCCAUUGGUCGGGUUAUCGCGACGAUCUAUCGUACGCGAUAUCAUGAGUCCUUCCCCAAUGUGACGAAAUUGCUUGAGGCAAACAAGGCGGAGUCUUCUGUAGGCAUUCGACCUUACCAACCAACAACAGAGUUUUCUGCCACUAUCAAGGAGGUUUUCGCUCGCUUAGAGAAGUGGCGGCACGAGCGGACCCCAGGGCAGCAGGAGCCAUCCAGCUACACGAACGGAUCAAAGACAGUGCUCACCUGGCUGGACUCGAUGCUUAGCUCUCAAGAGUGUACUCAGCUUGUUCCGUUCUUCCCAGACCCUUUUAUCGAUCAGCUGCUUCACAUGAUGGAUGUCAAGGAAGACCCAGAGCUGAUGCGGCUGGCAUAUCACGUAUACCGGCACCUGGCCAACAUCUCGUUCCGCGAAGGUGAGGACGAAGCCUUCAUCAAGGCCCUCAUCCGCAUAGGAAGGUCUGCUUCUUCGUGGCACCAGCGCCUGCGUGCACUUGUGAACAUGCAAGUCAUUUACUUCCGGCGAUUGUUCCUAACGGCACCUAAGCACCGAGAGAUGCUCUUCGAAGCUGUGGGCGACAUGCUUUCCGACACACAGCUCGAGGUCCGCGACUGCGCAUCCAACACCCUCGCCGGAAUGAUCCGGUGCUCCCCGGUGUCCCUUCGCACCCCCAUCAUCAAGAGCUUGAUCGAGAGGUUCAAGCAGCAGCUCCGGGACAACCCGAUGCCAAAGCGCAAGCUCCCCGGAACGGACACGCCAGUGGACACCCAGAAGCAGGUAGUACGACGUCAUGCGGCCGUCCUAGGGUUGGGAGCACUUAUUGAGGCUUUUCCUUAUGCUACCCCGCCUCCACCGUGGAUGCCAGAUGUGCUUGCACACCUUGCCAGGCGGCCUGCAACAGAUCCGGGUGUAGUGGGCAAAGCGGCCAAGACUGUGUUAGCAGAGUUCAAGAAGACGAGGCAGGACAGCUGGACGGUUGAUCAGAAGUACUUCACGCCUGAGCAGCUGGAGGACUUGGAAGGCGUUCUCUGGAAGAGCUACUUCGCUUGA